AUGGAAUUCGAGGGGAAUAUUAUGCAUGGGAGAGAAUAUUGGGAGUCGAGCGUGAGAUUGUCAGUUGGUGAGGACUUCGGGAUGUUCCUGGAAGAAGGGAGGAAGCGAAAGUGGGAGGGGAAGGAGGAAAAGGAGCAAAGGAAGGUGCCGCCAAAGAAAGUUAUGGCUACACGUAUAAAAGAAAAUACUAAUACGAAACAUAUUAGUAUAUUAAUCGAUUUAAAAAAAUUGGAAUUAAACAACGUCAACAACGACCAUCCAACGUUGAAUUGA